CCGGAAGUAGUAUCAUGAUACACACUCGGGGAAACGACGCCAUUUCCGGUUAGGACUUUUCAACUUCAAAGCUCCCUCGGCGCACGUAUCAAUGGUGUGGAAGGAGGACGACAGCGCAGAAGGAGUGGGUUUCUGCGUGUGAUCAUUAUACUUGUCAAACAUUGGAGUUUGGAAAGAACAGCCAGGAGCCAGACAUGGAUGAGAAGGACAAGUUGGAGAAGAACCUAAAAGAUGUUUAUUUGAGUGAUCAUAAAGAUGAGGGGGCAACAGGUGAGAAGAAGAAGAAGAAAAAAGAAAAAUUACCCAUGGUUGGUGCCAUUGAACUGUUCAGGUUCGCUGAUGCCAAAGACAUUGCGCUGCUCUUCUUUGGGACCCUGAUGUCGAUGCUCCACGGGGUAGUACUACCGCUUAUGUUAAUUGUGUUUGGGGAUAUGACGGACACCCUAGUAUCGAAUGCUGCACUCGGUUACCUCAACACGAGCAACCCCAACAUCACUUUUCCAAACACCACCAUGCAGGCAGACAUGACCAGCUUUGCCAUCUACUACUCCAUCCUAGGGGCAGUUGUGCUGGUGGCUGCCUACAUGCAGGUUGCUUUCUUUACCUUGUCGGCCGGACGACAGGUUAAGCGCAUCCGGAAGUGUUUCUUCCACAGGAUCAUGCGACAGGACAUCGGCUGGUUUGAUGUCAAUGAGACUGGAGAGCUCAACACUCGUCUAACAGAUGAUGUGUAUAAGAUCCAAGAGGGUAUUGGAGACAAGGUGGGUAUGUUGAUCCAGUCCUGCACCACUUUCAUCACAUCUGUCGUCAUUGGUUUAAGCAAAGGAUGGAAGCUCACUCUCGUCAUCCUGGCCAUCAGCCCCUUGCUAGCUGUCAUGGCCGGCGUGUUCAGUAAGGUGCUGGCAUCAUUCACUUCUAAAGAACAAAAUGCUUACGCCAAAGCAGGUGCUGUGGCAGAGGAGGUUCUUUCUGCCAUCAGGACUGUAUUUGCCUUCAGUGGUCAACAGAAAGAGAUUGAGAGGUAUCAUAAGAACUUGGAAGACGCCAAGAACGUGGGAAUAAAGAAGGCGAUAAGCUCAAACAUCGCAAUGGGGUUCACCUUCUUAUUGAUCUACCUAUCUUAUGCUCUGGCCUUCUGGUACGGGAGUACCCUCAUUUUGAGUGAAGAGUACACCAUCGGGAUUGUACUAACAGUUUUAUUCGCUGUGCUCAUUGGAGCUUUCGCCUUGGGGCAGACCUCUCCUAACAUCCAGUCUUUUUCCAGCGCCCGAGGAGCUGCGCACAAAGUGUACAGGAUUAUUGACAAUAAACCCAGCAUCGAUAGCUAUUCGGAGAGCGGCUUCAAGCCAGACUCAAUUAACGGAAACUUGGAAUUCAAGAAUAUCCACUUUAAUUACCCCUCAAGGCCGGAAGUCAAAGUAUUAAACAACAUGUCCCUGAGUGUCAAGAGUGGACAAACUCUUGCCUUGGUGGGAAGCAGUGGCUGUGGUAAAAGCACCACUAUCCAGCUGUUGCAGAGGUUCUAUGAUCCCCAGGAAGGAUCUGUAUCUGUUGAUGGUCAUGACAUCCGUUCUCUCAACAUUUGCUAUUUGCGCAAGAUGAUUGGCGUGGUGAGUCAAGAGCCCGUCCUUUUUUCCACCACCAUAUCUGAGAACAUCAGAUACGGCCGAACUGAUGUGACGCAGCAGGAGAUAGAGCAAGCCGCCAAAGAAGCCAACGCUUACGACUUCAUCAUGAACUUUCCUGAUAAGUUUGAGACACUGGUUGGUGACCGAGGGACUCAGAUGAGUGGAGGUCAGAAGCAGAGAAUUGCAAUUGCUCGGGCACUGGUCCGUAACCCCAAAAUCCUUCUGCUGGACGAAGCAACAUCUGCGCUUGAUGCCGAGAGUGAGACUAUUGUGCAAGCUGCACUUGACAAGGUUAGACUGGGCCGUACCACCUUAAUUGUGGCUCAUCGCCUUUCAACUAUCAGAAACGCUGAUAUCAUUGCUGGCUUCCAAAAUGGGGCCGUUGUAGAGCUGGGGACUCAUAGCCAACUGAUGGAAAAACAGGGCGUCUACCAUACACUGGUCACUAUGCAGACAUUUCAAAAAAACAACGAUGAGGAGAAGGAUGAAGAGCAGGUUAAAUUGAGCCCAGUAGACAAAUGUAUCGCUGACUCACCGUUACUUAGGAGAAGGUCUACAAAAUCUUCAUUUGUUGGUUCAGAGGGCAAAAAAGAUGACAAAGAAAAGUUGGGUGAUGGCAAAGAUGCAACGGAGGAGGAUGAAAAAGUUCCCUCGGUGUCAUUUUUCCAAGUCAUGCAAUUCAACCUUCCUGAGUGGCCUUACAUUCUUGUUGGAACCGUCUGUGCUUCAAUUAAUGGUGCAAUGCAGCCUCUGUUUGCUGUCAUCUUCUCCAAGAUCAUCACUGUGUUUGCUGAGCCUGAUUUAAAUAUUGUUCGACAGAAAUCUCUAUUUUUCUCCCUGAUGUUUGUUGUUAUUGGAGCUGUAUCUUUUUUCACCAUGUUUCUACAGGGUUUCUGCUUUGGGAAAUCUGGAGAGAUCCUGACUAUGAAACUGAGGCUUGCAGCUUUCAAGGCCAUGAUGAGGCAAGACCUCGGCUGGUUUGAUGAUCACAAAAACAGUGUUGGAGCACUCACAACAAGGCUGGCCACAGAUGCUGCUCAAGUGCAAGGAGCUACGGGAGUACGUCUGGCCACAAUGGUCCAGAAUGUGGCCAACAUGGGUACCGGUCUGAUUCUUGCCUUUGUGUAUGGGUGGGAGCUGACCCUGCUCAUAUUGUCAGUGGUUCCUGUCAUGGCAGUAGCGGGAGCCGUGCAGAUGAAGUUGCUUGGUGGGCAAGCUGCUCAGGACAAGAAGGAGCUCGAGAAGGCUGGAAAGAUUGCUACAGAAGCCAUAGAAAAUAUUCGCACUGUUGCAUCCCUUACCAGAGAAGCCAAGUUUGAGUCUCUGUAUCAUGAAAACCUCAACGUUCCAUACAAAAAUUCCCAGAAAAAGGCCCAUGUGUAUGGUUUUACCUUUGCAUUUUCCCAGGCCAUGAUCUACUUUGCUUAUGCAGGAUGUUUCCGCUUUGGAGCUUGGCUCAUUGACCAAAGACGAUUGGAUGCUGAGGGAGUGUUCCUAGUUAUUUCGGCAGUUCUGUAUGGCGCGAUGGCACUUGGAGAAGCCAAUUCCUUCACUCCAAACUAUGCCAAGGCCAAAAUAUCUGCUGCACACCUGAUUAUGCUUUUCAACACAGAGCCUGCUAUUGAUAAUCUGUCAGAGAAAGGAGAGUGUCUGGACCAAUUUGAUGGGAAUGUGCGCUUUGAGGAUGUUAGGUUUAACUACCCCUCACGCCCUGAUGUUCCCAUUCUCCGAGGACUGAAUCUGAAGGUGGGCAAAGGAGAGACACUGGCCCUAGUGGGAAGCAGCGGCUGUGGAAAAAGCACCACCAUCCAGCUACUGGAGAGGUUCUAUGACACCACGCAGGGAAACGUGGUGAUUGAUUCCAAGAGUGUGAAAGAGCUGAACAUCCACUGGCUGAGGUCUCAGAUAGGCAUUGUGUCCCAGGAGCCUGUGCUCUUUGACUGCAGCUUGGCCGAAAACAUCGGCUACGGAGACAACAGCCGGGCCGUGACUAUAGAGGAGAUUAAGGCAGCUGCAGAGAAAGCCAACAUUCACCGCUUCAUAGAAAAGUUGCCAAAGAAGUACGACACUCAGGCAGGCGAUAAGGGAACCCAGCUGUCUGGUGGUCAGAAACAACGAAUAGCGAUAGCUCGAGCAAUCAUCCGUAACCCCAAACUGUUGCUUCUGGAUGAGGCCACGUCGGCACUCGACACUGAGAGUGAAAAGGUAGUGCAAGAGGCAUUGGACAAAGCUAGCCAGGGCAGGACCUGCAUCAUUGUGGCCCACCGUCUGUCAACCAUCCAAAACGCAGACCGCAUCGCUGUCUUUCAGGGAGGGGUGGUGGUUGAACAAGGGACACACCAACAGCUGCUAGCCAAAAAGGGAGUCUAUCACAUGCUGGUCACCACUCAGUUGGGCCAUGGGAGGGAAUGAGUCAAUCCAUUUUUUCACAUCCAUUAAUACAAACUUAGUAUUUUUCUUUUCUUGAAGUACUGAGUGACAAUGUGCUACCUCAGUAACUGUAUGAGUGCUGAUUCUGUCCUUUAGCCCACCGCGCAUUUAUAAUGGUCAGCAUCACACACAUGGCCUAAAGGUUUCAUUGCACCGCAUUUACAAUAUUCAAACAUGAAAUUAAAUUAGUUUGGUUUAAAUAAUUCUCCAAAGAAUGUAUUAAAUUGUUUUUUCUACAUUUUAUAUUGUUUAACAUAUUAUACUGCCAGCCUUGUAUUUUGUUUGUUCAUUGUGGACACCAAGUAUUUAAGACAACCAACAUUAACAACACUGCAUCGCAUCUGCUACUGCAAAUAUACUGCUGAAGUAACACAGAUUUUUUUUCUUUUCGAAUAUAGUAUAUCAUGAGAUAAAAAGCCCUAUUGAAUACGAAUAUAUCUCAAAGUUAAACAAGUCUUUGUACAGGUAAAAUUUAAUUCCAAUGUGUUUGAGUAAAGAUUUGUAUUCAGUUAACCCUUGUGGUCUAUGAAAACAUAGCAAGGGUAAAGAAAACCAAACACACUCAUGCUGGGUUAUAACCGCAGGGUAGGUGAUGCUGGGUUUCCAGAUUGGUAACGCAUAGUUAACUUUUCCUAACUAAAAAAAUCAUACAGAAUUAGUAAGAGAGUACUCAGAUGGAUGUUGUGGGAUGUGGUGGUUGUCCCUAUUGCCCAGGAGGUGCCAGAGUCAACAAUCAGUGUAGACGGGCAUAAACUAAUGCAAGUAGAUAGAAGUCAACCAAUCUUUUGUUUACUGUGAUGUAUGAAAAACUACUAAUAAAGCACUUGAGUCAAUCCCAUUUAAACAAACAAUUUUUUAAAACUUGAACUUAGAAUCAUAAAAUCCAUUUUUACUGUUUGGGCCUUUCCACACCAUGAGACUGCACCUCUUUUGGAGUGUAAUGUUUUUAACUUUGUUCUAAUUGUUUUACACCUGUUUAAUUUUCCUGUGUAGAGCACUUAGUUCCAGCUUUGGUUGUUUUUAACGUGGAUGAAUUGAAGUUGAGUUGCAAUUAAACACACUCACACCUGUGGGCAAUACCGUAAAACCGUGGUAGUGCAAAAAACAUUUACACCGCCUGCAUAAAAUCACAGGAAGAAACCGCUAAGUGUUGGCAAGUUGGAGGACAUAAAUUUAUGCACUUUAAAACAAUGUCCACACAAUUCCAUCUGGACUACCUUCUACUGGCUAAAUAGUCAAAACGCAGCAUGAUUGAUUG